AUGAACCAGACGCCCAAUGCCACGUCGGCGCAGGUGGGGCCCAGCCAGGGCAGCGGCCUGUGGGUGACGUCGCUGCUCGGCGCCACGCUGCUGACCAUGUGCGUGCUGGGUGUGACGGGGAACGUCUACACUCUGGUGAUCACCAAGACGGCAGCGCUGCGCCGGACGGGCUCCAUGUACGUCUACAUCCUGAACCUGGCCCUGGCCGACCUGCUCUACCUGUCCACCAUCCCCUUCGUGGUGUGCACCUACUUUGCCCAGGACUGGCUAUUUGGGGAGGUGGGCUGCCGUGUGCUGCUGAGCCUGGACCUGCUCACCAUGCACGCCAGCGUCUUCGUGCUUGGCGCCAUGAGCUUUGAGCGCUACCGGGCCGUGGCCUCGCCCUUCAGGGCCCGGCACUCGUCCACCAGGGGGCGCAAGCUGGUGGCCCUGGCCAUCUGGGGGGCGUCCCUGCUGCUCACCCUGCCCAUGAUGGUGAUGAUCCGCCUGCGCGAGGGCAAGCCCAACUCGGCUGGGCGCAGCAAGCGCAUCUGCUUCCCCACCUGGACCCCCGAGGCCUUCAAGGCCUACCUGAGCGUCCUGUUCUGCACCAGCGUCCUUCUCCCGGGGCUAGUCAUUGUGGGGCUGUACGCCGGGCUGGCCAGGAGGUACUGGGCGGCCCAGGCCAGCCUGGGCGGCAGCAGCCGGUCAGCGCGGAGGAGGGGGCUCAGGCAGAGGGUCGUGACCAUGAUCUUCUGCAUCAUCCUGGCCUACUGGGCCUGCUUCCUGCCCUUCUGGGCCUGGCAGCUGGCCAGGCUCUUCUCGCCCGACUCCCUAAGGGCCCUGUCGCCGGCCGCCCAAACCUACGUCAACUUCUUCGUCACCUGCCUCACCUACGGCAACAGCUGUGUGAACCCCCUGCUGUACACUCUGCUGACGCACAGCUACAAGGACUACCUGGCACAGAAGGGGCAGGCGUCGGGGUCCAGCAGGGGGGAUCCAGGCGGGUCGGCGGGUGCAGCCGCCACGCAGGACUUGUAG